AUGAAUCGACAGACGCCUCUACGCAAGGUCUCCAUCUUCAUCUCGCUCCUGGCGAGCGUUUUGUUUGGCCUCACUCUCCUCCGGCCGUCGGUAUCCGAUCAUGGCACAUUUAUCAAAGCGAGAUCGAUCCUCACCGUGGAGGACAUGCAGCCGAUCAUGAACAGAAUGAACGAUGGAUCGCAUCUGAAGAAGCGAGCGUUCGAUCUGACCGGGUUUGCAGCCUCGGCUGCUCCCGUUGCUUGUCGAUUGGUCACGGGCGGUGCUGGUCAACUGCUCAGUCCUCAGACUCUCAAGGCUGCCAUGAUGGGUCGUGCCAUCAAAGACCCUGCUCAAUCUCGUGCCAUCUCUAAGCGUUCAGGUAUGGAAUCUGGUAUGGCAGAUCUUUUCAGCGAUCAUGCUGCUCAAGUAGGCAAAGAUGAUGCUCUAGCCGGUGGCUUGUUCCUGGCUAUGUCCCGCGUCAUGCGUGGAGCUGAUGCUCCAGCUGCAACCGGUGCGCCCGCUACAGCCGAUGCGCCUGCUGGCAAACCUGCUACGACACCCAAUGCUACUAAGCCUGCAGCAGCGGAAGCGCCGAAGAAAGGGUUCUUCGGAUUCGGCAAGCCUAAGCUCAGAAAGCGUCAGCAGCCUGCAGCGGGCACAAGCGUCUCUAUCAAGCUCAAUAUGGAUAUGGCCAUAGCAGCCGGGAUGGCCGGUGCACAAGCGGGAUGUGCAGUGGAAGGACUGGGCGUGGACAGCUCGAUGGCGAAACAGAACGAGUAUGCUGGCAAUUUCUUGAGAACGGCUAUCAAUUUUGCUGGCUUGCCGACGCUUGCCAAUCCUCGACCUGUCAAACGAAGCCAGAUUCCCCUCGAGCGUCGCAAUGACUCGACGCCGCUCUAUUCCGUCAGAUGGGGUCUGGCAGGCGCUUGCGUUCAUGCUGCCGAUCAGAACCCGUUCUGCUCUACAAAGGACAACGAGGCCAAAGUAUUUGAUCUUGAGCAACUCCCUCGUCCGGCAGCUCUACAUGGCUUCGUCAUCCUCGCCCUGCUUGCCAAUGUCGUCAUCCUACUCCAAGCACCUCAAUGUCAUCGAGCUCAGACAUUCGCAAGUGCAAUGCCGUUCAUCACAAUGGCACUUGCAAUCAUAGCUUUCGUUGUCGAUCUCUCGCUCUUUGUAGGAUCGGAUGCACUAGCAGCAGCUUCGAGUCUACGCUACGAACUCCAGUUCUCCUCUGCCUUUUGGCUCACUGCUCUUGCUACUCUGUCGCUCGUCGUCGAGAGGCUCGCCUUCACGCUGGUAGCCCAUCAGGCGAUCGCUCUGGAGGACGACAACCCGGUUUACGCUGUCGUCGUGCAAGAGGACAGCGAAAAGAGGCCUUGCGCGCGAAGGAACGGUGCAGAUCUGUCGCGUGUCUGA